AUGGAUGACGCCGCCGGCAACUGCGACGGCAUGACGGCCUUCGCGCUCCGUCUGGCGAAGCGUCUCGCCGACAACGGCGACGACGUCAACAACAACAGAAACCUCGUGUUCUCGCUGGUGUCCCUGUACGCCGCGCUGGCGCUGGUGGCGGCCGGGGGACAGGGCACCACCCUCCACGAGCUCCUCGCGCUGCUCGGCGCAUCGUCGCUCGACGACCUCGCGGAGUCCGUCUACCGCGCCGUGGAGGUCGGCCUCGCCAACGAGUCGUCCGCGUCCGGCGGGCCGCGCGUCUCCUACGCCUGCGGCGUCUUGCACGACGAGACGCUCGCGCUGAAGCCGGCCUACCGCGCCGCCGCCGCCGGCACGGCGCCAAAGAAAUCAAGAAAGAAGAUCAACGAGUGGGUGUCCAAGGCGACGAACAAGCUCAUCCCUGAGAUCCUCCCAGAUGGAUCAGUUCAUCGCCUCACCACCCUGGUGCUCGUGAACGCCAUCUACUUCAAGGGCAAGUGGUCCGAUCCCUUCCCCAGGGAGAGCACCACCACCGGCAAGUUCCACCGCCUCGACGGCAGCUCCGUCAACGUCCGGUUCAUGCGCAGCCGGGAGGAUCAGUACAUCGGCUUCUACGACGGCUUCAACGUGCUCAAGCUGCCGUACAACGGCGGGUUAUGA